UUUCUUUUCGUCUCCAUUUCUUCCCACCUUUAUUGAUUUCACACACUUCCUCCCCCACUUGAGUACUGCAUUUCUUCGAUCUUUCCUCUCUCCUCCUCUCUGCUAUUCUUCUUCUUCUUCCUUAAUCUAUAAAGUUUUGAGGGAAAUCGAAGCAACAAUGGCUGGUUACAGAGCUGAUGAUGAUUACGACUACCUAUUCAAGGUGGUUCUGAUUGGGGACUCCGGUGUCGGCAAGUCCAAUUUGCUCUCCAGAUUCACUAAGAACGAGUUCAACCUCGAGUCUAAAUCCACCAUUGGUGUCGAAUUCGCCACCAGGACCUUGAACGUCGAUGGUAAAGUUAUCAAAGCUCAGAUUUGGGAUACUGCUGGCCAAGAAAGGUACCGUGCCAUCACCAGCGCAUACUAUCGUGGAGCAGUUGGUGCACUCCUUGUAUACGAUGUUACUCGUCAUGCAACAUUUGAGAACGUGGACCGGUGGCUAAAAGAAUUGAAGAACCACACAGAUUCCAACAUUGUUGUGAUGCUUGUUGGAAACAAAUCUGAUCUUCGCCACCUUGUGGCUGUUCCAACCGAGGAUGGAAAGUCGUACGCUGAGAGGGAAUCACUGUACUUCAUAGAAACCUCUGCACUGGAAGCAGUCAACGUCGAAAAAGCAUUCGCCGAGGUCCUGACUCAGAUCUAUCACAUAGUAAGCAAGAAGGCUGUUGAAGGUGGAGAAAACGGAUCUGCUUCCUCUGUCCCUGCCCAGGGGGAGAAAAUAAACAUCAGAGACGAAUCGGGUUUAAACAGAAUCAAAUGUUGCUCGAGCUAACUUCGAUAAUCUUUCGAAAUGAUUUUGGAUUCUAUGUACUGUAAUAAUUUUUUUUCUUUUGAAGAGAGACGAGAACAAAAAAGAGGAGGUUAAAGGAAAAGGAAGAUAUCCCCAAGACCUUCAAUCUUGCUGUAUUACAGAAGAGGAGUAACAGCCACAUGAUUGUUUUGUGGUUGCUGUUGUGUCCAUUUCAAGUUUGGUUUCUACGGUAAAUGUCCUCAAUUUUAGUUAAAGUUCUUUAAGAAUAAUUUUUAUUUCUAAAAAUUUGCUUAAGUUAGGUAUGUGAUAUUCUGCUCUAUACAUACACUACGAGUGGCUAAUGAUUUGUUUC